GUCCACAAUGUCCAAAUCUGACACACAAAUACUAUGUUAUUAGAGGUUAUGUUAAUUUUUCUUGUCAAUAUUUCUUCGAAAAUAUUUUCGGAAGAUUGUGAUUAUAAGUAAACAUCUCAGGAAAAAAAUAAUCAUUGAAUUAUGAUGGAGGAUAUUAGAAUUACUGAGAUUGACAAACUAUGCAGGACCUGUUUAUCAGAAAAAAACCUUGAUGAACUUAGAUUUAUUUUUGAAAACUCUCUGGAAGAUCAGUUGAGAGAAGUAACUACUUUAAGGGUAGAAGCAAAUGAUGGCAUGCCAAGCUAUAUAUGUAAUGAUUGUCAUUUCACCUUGCACGUUGCCCUGAAUUUCAAGCAUCAAUGCCAGAAGUCUGAAAUACAGCUGAAAAAUAUAUUAAAUCCAGAUCAAGCAAUCUUAUAUAGGUCUAUUACGAUAUUAGGUGAAAACGCAGGAGAAUUUGAAAUUCAAAAAUUUGAAGAGGUUCCUGACAAUUUGAUUGUAACAGAUGUAAAUAGAAAAGUUCCAGAUUUACUUGGAAAUAGUGAAUUGAGCAACAAUCUCAUUAAUGUGGAAAAAGAAAUUGAACCUGUGAAACAAGUUUAUUAUGAUAUAGACCUUUCUUCAAAUAAUGACCAAGUAAAUUCUAGUCCCGAGCAUCACGAUGAAUGUAGGGACUAUUCCACCUUAGAAAUUGUCCGACAAACUGAUGACUUUAACAAUGGAACAAAGAAUAAAUCUGGAACUAGUAAUGAAUUUGAAUCUGUUAUCAAACAUGCUUCAGAUAACAGUUGUGUGGAUUCUGUCAUAAAACAUGCUGCAGUAGUAGAAAGCAAUGUAACCACCAUUGAAAAAAAUGUCUCAGAAACACAUAUCUCCGAAAAAGUUCCUGAGAAAUUCAUUUGUCAGGAGUGUGGGAAGAAGUUCAAAUAUCAAAUAGCUUUAAAAUCACAUAUGACGAAACAUGGGAAAAAAAUUGAUUGUGAAGUAUGUGGCCAGGAAUUCAUUGUAAUGAAGAAUUAUAAACUUCAUUUGAGAACACACACAGAUUAUCGACCACACGAAUGUAAAUACUGUAGUAAAAAAUUUUCCCAACCUGGUAAUCUGGUGAAACAUAUGCGCAUCCAUGUAGGAGAAAGGAAACAUAUUUGUGCAGUAUGUGGAAAGAGGUUUUAUGAAAAAAAUCAAUUGAAGAUUCACACAAGAACCCACACAGGUGAAAAACCAUUGAACUGUAAGAUUUGUGGAAAAGGGUUCUCAGCAGCAAAUGGCUUAUCAGUCCAUAACAAAAUACAUACAGGAGAGAAAAAAUAUGAAUGUACUUCAUGCGGUAUGUUUUCAUUACUAUUUAUUCUCAACUAAUAUAUAAACAGAAAC